AACUAAGGACGUCAAACUUUUAGUUUUGUACCUGCCCGGUGUCUCCCAUCUCCUCACGUCCUCUCAGGAAGAAACGCUCUAAUAACGAAACAAUGCCAAUGACGACAAGCCAAGCCCGUGAAUAACACAGCAGCCGGCAUGCUCAGUGUUUCAGGCUACCCACGCAGCCGGACCGAGAGCAGGGCAGCGCCUCGGUGUCCUGGCCGAGCCUGUGGCACCUGCCUGGUCCCCACCGUGCGGCGCGUCAGGGCGCCGGAGCCAAGUCGGCGGCGCAGCUGAGACGUCGGGAUGCUGCUGUGAGCGGCACUGCAGUGCCUGCCUGGCUGCGGGGGUCACGGUUAUCUCCUCCAGCGCCUGCAACGACACGAGCAGAGCUCGGGGCUGGCUUCCCAGCCGAAAACAGCCGGGAAGUCUGCAGGGCGAGACCCACCCUAGCCUGGUCGCUGGUCGUGCAUUAAUCUCAGAUGAUUGUCGAAUGAGAUCUCUGCAGCAUGUCCUUCAAGAAGGAAACGCCGCUUGCCAAUGCUGUGUUUUGGGCAGCGAGGAAGGGGAACCUGGCUCUCCUGCAGCUGCUGCUGAACAGUGGUCGAGUAGAUGUGGACUGCAGAGACAGUCUAGGAACAACAGCCCUGAUGGUGGCGUCCUACAGCGGUCACUACGAGAGCGUCAGGGAGCUGAUCAUGCAGGGCGCAGACAUCAACCUGCAGAGAGAGACAGGGUCCACUGCGCUGUUCUUCGCUGCACAGCAGGGGCACAAUGACAUUGUGAAGCUUCUCUUUGAGUUUGGAGCCUCCACCGAAUUUCAGACCAAGGACGGAGGCACUGCCUUAUCAGCAGCCUGUCAAUAUGGUCACACAAGCGUGGUAGAAUCCCUGCUAAAACACGGCGCUAAUGUCCAUGACCAGCUAAACGAUGGAGCUACUCCCCUCUUCCUUGCUGCCCAAGAAGGGCACGUCACUGUCAUCCGUCAGCUCCUUUCUUCUGGAGCCAAGGUCAACCAGCCGCGAGAGGAUGGAACGGCUCCACUCUGGAUGGCAGCGCAGAUGGGACACAGCGAAGUGGUGAAGGUCCUGCUGUUGCGAGGAGCAGAUCGGGACGCAGACAGGAAAGAUGGAUCCACAGCUCUAUUUAAGGCGGCUUACAAAGGGUAUAAUGAUGUCAUUGAGGAACUUCUCAAAUUCUCCCCCUCUCUCCGCCUUCUGAAGAAUGGAUCAACAGCCCUCCAUGCAGCUGUAAUGGGAGGAAAUGUAAGAACUGUGGUGCUAUUGCUCGGUGCUAAUGCAGACCCUUCACUACAAAAUAAGAAUAAUGAGCUGCCCGCUGACCUCACAAAAAACGAGCGCAUUCUGAGGUUGUUACGGACAAAAGUCCCACACAGACCCAGCUGAUGACGCUUGGCCUUGACCAGGGACUUUGGAAGAAAAGGAACGCUGAAGUCCUGUCAUUGAAAGUCUCUUAAACACGCAAAAGCAAGGAUCACGCAAAGGGCGAUGUCAGUCAUCGGAUUUUGGUGCUUGCUUUCAGAACAGCUUAAGGAAGCUUGUAUUAAUAGCCAUAACAUUAAAAGCCAAGGAAAGAGAUGUGAAACAUGUGGAAUGAGAUGAGAAACAUCAGCUUUCUGCAAGUCGGGAUUUCUGCACACCCCUUUCCAGAGGAGAUGCUAUCUACAGUAUGCUACACAAAUCUCAAAAACCUUUUCCCCUGGUGCUGUAUAUUCAGAAAUAUUUUGCAAACUCAAGUGCAUUGUUUGUAAUAAAAGUAUUCAACUGUA